GUUAGUUGAUUUUAAAACUACAUUUUAAUGUGUUUUAUCCGUGUUUCACGCAGAAUUUUAGCAUUUCAGCGAUAUUUUAACUGCUUUGGUGAACUGCAAGCGCAGCUAACAUAAGCGGGUCUUGGUGCCCUCUGAGUAUGAGUACAGCAUGAGGAGGCGUUUAGAGGAUCAGGAGCCAGUGUUCACCCCACAACAACGCCGGCUUCCCGGCAGCACUGAGGGCUUCCAGCACAGGGUUCUGGCCCCAGCGCCUGCUGUAUUCGAGGCGGUGGCUGACAGCAUGCAGCCCACUCCAGGAAUACAGUACCCGCUUCCUCAAGCAUACCAGGUGUCCACAGUGGCCCAGAGCUCCAGUGGUCACAGUCACACUCCUAGUCCGGCAGUGCACAGCGGGCCGCAUCACCAUGGCCCGGCGGCGGCUCAAGCCCACGCUCCUCCACCCGUACAGGGUCACGCUCAUCCGCCCACCCCGUCUGCAUCCACACAGGGCCAGCAGCAGUUCCAGAGACUCAAGGUGGAGGAUGCUCUGUCUUACCUGGAUCAGGUAAAGCUCCAGUUUGGCAAUCAGCCACAGGUCUACAAUGACUUCCUGGAUAUUAUGAAGGAGUUUAAAUCUCAGAGUAUUGACACCCCAGGCGUAAUCAGCAGGGUGUCGCAGCUCUUUAAGGGUCACCCUGAUCUCAUUAUGGGGUUCAACACGUUUCUUCCACCGGGAUACAAGAUUGAAGUUCAGACCAAUGACCUGGUCAACGUGACUACACCUGGUCAGAUCCACCACAUCACACCUCACGGCAUCUCCGUGCAGAACAUCCCCAUCGUACCGCCUCCACCGCCCUCACAGCAGCAGAACCAGAUCACCACAAACCCUCCCAAUCUGGCAACCACACCUCCUGCUCAACCUGCACCCAAAACCAAGCCUCUGCAGUCUCCAGUUUUGACUCCGAGCAGUCAGCCCAAUCCGUCUAUCCCUCCAUACGCAUCUCCGCGUUCGCCACCGCUGCAGCCCAACACCCCGGUCAGCAGCAUGCCUAUCGCCCCGCCACUGCAGAACAACCAGCCCGUGGAGUUCAACCACGCCAUCAACUACGUCAACAAGAUCAAGAACCGCUUCCAGGGCCAGCCCAACAUCUACAAGUCCUUCCUGGAGAUCCUGCACAAAUACCAGAAGGAGCAGCGUAACGCUAAAGAAGCUGGCGGCAGCUACACCCCAGUUCUGACUGAACAGGAGGUUUACGCUGAAGUAGCUCAACUCUUCAAAAACCAGGAAGAUCUGCUCUCCGAGUUCGGACAGUUCCUUCCGGACGCCAACAGCACUAUGCUGCUGGGCAAGACGACAGCGGAGAAAGCCGAAUCUGUGCGUAAUGAUCAUGGAGGAACGGUAAAGAAACCGCAGCUCAAUAACAAACAGAGGCCCAAUCAGAAUGGCUGUCAGAUACGCAAGCACUCGACUACAGCCAUCACACCACCUGUCAAGAAAAAGCUCAAGUUAAUGAACAUAAAAGAUUCAUCCGGAGCAGAAGCUGGAAAACACGGCGGAGGAACCGAGUCUCUUUUCUUUGAAAAAGUGCGGAAGGUUUUACGCAGCGCUGAGGCCUAUGACAACUUCCUUCGGUGCCUGGUCAUCUUUAACGAGGAGAUCAUUUCCCGUGCUGAGCUGGUGCAACUUGUGGUUCCUUUCCUUGGCAAAUUUCCUGAGCUGUUCACUUGGUUUAAGAACUUCCUUGGAUAUAAGGAGAUGUCACACCUGGAGACGUACCCGAAGGAAAGAGCCACUGAAGGAAUUGCCAUGGAAAUCGACUACGCUUCCUGCAAGCGUCUGGGCUCCAGUUACCGAGCGUUACCCAAGAGCUACCAGCUGCCCAAGUGCACAGGCAGAACAGCGAUCUGUAAAGAAGUGCUGAAUGAUACCUGGGUUUCGUUUCCCUCCUGGUCUGAGGACUCCACCUUUGUGAGCUCCAAGAAGACUCAGUAUGAAGAGCACAUGUACAGAUGUGAGGACGAGCGCUUCGAGCUGGAUGUGGUACUGGAAACCAACCUGGCCACCAUUCGCGUGCUGGAGACCACGCAAAAGAAGCUGUCUCGAAUGUCAGCCGAGGAACAGGCCAAAUUCAGACUAGACAACACUCUGGGCGGCUUCUCUGAGAUCAUUCAUAGAAAAGCCAUACAGAGGAUAUACGGAGACAAAGCUCCAGACAUCAUAGACGGACUGAAGAAGAAUCCGGCGGCUUCUGUUCCCAUCGUUCUUAAGAGGCUAAAGCUGAAGGAAGAAGAGUGGCGUGAAGCUCAGAGGGGCUUUAACAAGAUCUGGAGGGAGCAGAACGAGAAGUACUAUCUGAAAUCUCUGGACCAUCAAGGCAUUAACUUCAAACAGAACGACACUAAAGUGCUGCGCUCCAAAACACUCCUCAAUGAGAUCGAGAGCAUCUUUGAUGAGCGGCAAGAGCAGGUUUCGGAGGACAACAGCAGCACAACGGCUAGCAGCCCUCACCUGACGCUAACCUACGAAGACCAUCAGAUUUUAGAAGAUGCGGCGGCGCUAAUAAUUCACCACGUGAAACGCCAAAGCAGCAUCAACAAAGAGGACAAAUACAAAAUCAAGCAGAUCGUCUACCACUUCAUCCCCGACAUGCUGUUCGCCCAGAGAGGAGUUUUGUCAGACGUGGAGGAAGAGGACGAAGAGGAAGACAUGGAGCUCGAUGAAGGGGCAUCCAAAAAGCACAACGGGCUCGCUGGAGGAGCUAGCGCAAGCCCUACUAAAUCCAAACUGCUGUUUAGCGCGUCCACGGCUCAGCGGCUUCGCUCUUGUGAGGACGCGUAUAAUCUGUUUUACGUCAAUAACAACUGGUACAUCUUUCUUCGGCUGCAUCAGAUCUUGUGUUCGCGAUUGCUGAGACUUUACGCGCAGGCCGAGCGGCAGAUCGAAGAGGACAUGAGGGAGCGCGAGUGGGAGCGGGAGGUGCUUGGACUCAAACGAGACAAAAAUGAAAACACCGCCGUUCAGCUGCGUCUGAAGGAGCCCAUGGAUGUGGAAGUGGAGGAUUAUUACUCUGCGUUUCUGGAGAUGGUGCGAAACCUGCUGGAUGGGAAUAUGGAGGCAUCUCAAUAUGAGGAUUCUCUGAGAGAGAUGUUCACCAUUCACGCUUACAUCGCCUUCACCAUGGACAAACUCAUCCAGAAUAUAGCUAGACAGCUCCAGCACAUUGUGAGCGAGGAGAUCUGCGUUCAGGUGACGGAGCUGUACCUGGUUGAGAGUGGUCACUCGUCCACCGGAGGGUCUUUGCUCACUCAGAGCAGCAGAGCUCAGGCUGAAGCCUCAUAUCAGCGCAAAGCAGAGCAGCUCAUGUCUGAUGAAAACUGCUUUAAGCUGAUGUUCCUGAAGAGCAGAGGAAACGUUCAGCUCACGGUGGAGCUGCUGGACACAGAGGAAGAAAACUCAGAUGGGCCGAUGGAGAUCGAGCGCUGGUCCGAUUAUGUCAUGCGAUAUCUGUCGGCUGAUUUCACGUCUCCAGACCUGAAGGAUCAUCUCUCCCAGAAGCCUGUGUUUCUGCCCAGAAACCUGCGACGCAUCCGCAAGUGUCAGCGAGGCUGCGAGGCUCAGGAGAAGGAGCUGAAGGACGGAGAGAGAAAGGAGAACGCAGACAGCAUGAAGAUGGAGUGCAUGUUCAAACUCAACUCCUACAAGAUGGUGUACGUCUUCAAAUCCGAGGAUUACAUGUACAGACGCACUGCGCUGCUCAGAGCCCAUCAGUCUCAUGAACGAGUGAGCACCCGUCUGCACCAGCGCUUUCACGCCUGGAGUCAGCGCUGGGCCAAGGAGCACGUGACCCGGGACAUGGCUGCCGAAACCAGCCGCUGGCUCAUGGGAGAGGGUCGAGAGGGACUGCUGCCCUGCUCCACCAGCUGUGACCCCGAAAUCCUUCACUUCCAGCGCAUCAACAAAUACAGAGUCAAAUACGGCCCCACCAACAAGCCCCAGUGACAUCAGUGGAUAAGGCGGAGCUCGGCUGAUGAGGGCGGAGCUCAGCGGUGAGAUUUCAUGUGACCCACGUUGAGGUUUUUAACAGUGUUUCUUUUUUUCCUCUUUUUUUUUAUAAGCUCCUGCAUAAAGCGCAGAUCACCCAGUGCCAAAAAAACACAGGGGUGAAGACCUGUCAGUCAAACCCAGCCGGACCAAUCAGCACAGCUCUCACAGUUUAGACCAGCCCACAAAUCUAAUACAUUGGAUUCUUCUUACUAAUAUUAUUUUGAGCUUCACAGGCAGAACAUGUGUAUGAAAAUAAAGCAAAAAUGUUUCGGGGGAUAAGUGCACUUAACUGUAACGUGAACUAAAAUCUGAGGUGCGAAUUCAGCAUUAGAAUUAACCGGAUUUCACUUUUAGAAAUGAAACAAGUUUCAAAAAAUAUAGAGAGAUUUAAAUGGACAGCAAUAAAAGAUAGAAGACAUGUUAUGAAUCAGAAAAACACUUAUUUCUGCACCAGCUUUCAGCGAAUAUGACCUGUGAACCACACACACACACACACACUUUCAAUAGUUUGUAAAUACAGUGUAAAUAUCGCCAGACCUUUUUUAUGCCAGAUGUGUGUUGUGUUUAGUGUGUUAGUGUGGCGUUUAGGGAGAAAGGAAAGAAAAAGAAGCGAGAACCACAUGUGAAAAGGAUGGUUUAUUACAGUUUUUACCAAAGGGAGUCGGUUACUAUUGUUAUUCUAAACGUUGGGGUUUGUUUUCUUUCUCUAUUUGUGCGUUUCUUUUUUUCCUUAUCUGUCUCUUUCUUUCUUUUUUUUUUUUCUUAGUAAAAAUGUUAAUUUUGCAAAGUAGAAAUGUAUCCAGGUUCUUGUUUUUGGAAAUGGAAGUUUUUAUAAGAAAAAAAGAAAUGGAAAAAAGCAAUUUUAAUUUUCGAGGUUUGAAUAUGGAUCUGGUUUCCGUACACUUUUAUCACCGAGCGUUUUUCGGAUAAACCUUCAAAGCUGUGUCCUCUGGCAGACGCUCCUGAAUGUAAAGGUCUUCUCUUUCUCGUCGUCAGAGGCUUCGGUCUUCACUCUGGAUAGAUUUCUGCUGGACAAAUCUAAAUAUAAAUAUAUAUACACAUUUUAAAAAUGAGUCACAAAGCAUGUCUUUUCUGUGGAUCAUUAUAGACCCUUUAUUUGCAUAUUAUUUAAAUUAAUAAAAAUUACAUUUGUAGCAUAAA